GUAGCAUCCAUUUUUCGCCUGGGGCCUCACGGGAACGCGGAAGUGACACCUGCGUGAACAAACAACCACCUGUUUGGGCUAGCAACAGGUGCAUAGUGUCCUACUGUACAAAUAUUUCUCAAAACGGGGGCAAAUAAGCAAACGUAACCCGGUGCUUAGCGAUCACGACCAGAACCGUAACAGAAAAUGUCCGUGAGCUACGGCCCCGUGCGGUUAGCGGUGCCGCCCGGCUUCAAGUCUCUCCUCGAGGACUUAAGCCGGGAGGUCCUCCGCGAGCAGCCGGACAACAUCCCGGAGUUUGCCGCCAAAUAUUUCGAAGGGCUCCUGAAGGCCAGAGAAACCGGUGACUAUCACUCGAUAGAAGAACUAAGAGAGCGGGACCUUAGAGACAGAGGAGAGCCCCGAGCCGUAACAGUAGACAUAGAGCCAUCAGAGCCCAGUAUCAGUGAACCUCCCACAGAAGCACCUGCCAGUGAACAGCCACCUGCACCCAAAGCAGCUGAGGAAGAGGAGGAGGAGAUGCCUGACUUGGAUGACCCAGAAGUAGCCGAUGCUGCUCUUAAGAUACAGGCUGGCUUCAGGGGCUUUAAGGCGAGAAAAAGCCUUCACACUACAGAGUCCCAGCCUGAGGCACCAGCUGCAGCAGAAGAGGCGAAACCAGCAGAGACGACGGAAGAUGCAGUACAGAAGGAGGGGGAAGAGGGCGCUGCUGAAGCUGCAGCAGAACAACCUGCUACAGAAGAAGCUCCCGCAGAGGAGGCUCCAGCAGAGGAAGCUCCAGCAGAGGAGACACCAGCAGAAGCAGCUCCUGCAGAGGAAGCUGCAGCAGAAGCAGCUCCAGAUGAGGCCCCAGCAGAAGAAGCCCCAGCAGAGGAGGCGCCAGCAGCAGAGGAGGCUCCAGCAGCAGAGGAGGCUCCAGCAGAGGCACCUGCAGAAGAGGCUGCAGCAGAAGCCCCAGCUGAAGCAGCCCCUGCAGAAGAGACCCCAGCAGCAGAGGCCCCUGCAGAGGAAGCCCCUGCAGAAGGGGAAGCAUGAGCAUCCACCUUACAGACACCCAUUGCUAUCAGUCAGAUAAUAUCAAUUCUACUGCGAUCAAAUUGGAAGGGUUUAGAAUCAGUCACUGCCAUCACUUUCAGCAAGUCACAAUUAAGUAAAGUGCGAGUAUGACACUGUUCUUCAAAAGGACUGUUGUCCACAAAAUUCUCCCAUGAAAAAGUGCCAUGUAGUAAAGUGCCCUUGAACAUUUGUCCGUCCAUUAAAAAUCAAGUGUAAGAUGCUGUUUUCUUUACUAAAAAGCCAUCAAUGAGUGUGACAGUGUUCUCAGUGAGAAGAACUGCCAGACCAUAAAACGCUUGUGCUGAAAAGUGCCACACAGUAACAUGUACAGUGAAACUUUGGCCCAUUAGUGGGUAGAGUGUGAAGUGUUCAAAAUGUUUGUUUUACAAAGAGCCAUAUACUUAGACGUGAUGCUGCUAGAACUUUUAGCCAUAGUUCAUCAUGAACAAGAGAGAAUUAGAAGCUGAGUUGCUGCUGUGUCUCUGCUAGUCUAUUUGUCAUCUGUUUGUACACAUAUGCAGUAUAUAUAAAAGUUAUAUAUUUGUAUCACAGAGAGUGCCAUACACGUAUAGAGCUGUUCACUGAUCAGUACCAUAUUUUGUUUGCUGUUCCUUGAGAUUUUUAUCUGAAAAUGCACUUAAAUUAUAAUCUUUAUGAAUAAUACAUUUGUAUGUUUGUUCAUAGUAUCUAUUUUAGAUAUGUUUGAAGCCAUUUAUUUUGUGUUGUAGUCAUUUUCUUUGUUGCAGACUUCACUGAAGCCAUUAAUAAAAUCAUGGAUUGGGUCUUCCACUAUCCAUAGAUUCUACAACUUUUACUAAUAAACAUGGUUACAUGAUA